UCCAUAUUGUGUGGUGCUCUUUUGCACAGCAGUGACAGUAACUGUCUUUCUUCCCUAUACUGUUAUUCUUUCUUCUUCAUUUAUCCUGUGCCUUCUCCUCUUCUCGUCAUCUUGCACACUUUUAACCCCCUCUCACACGCGCGCGCGCAGAGAGAGAGAGAGAGAGAGAAAGAGAGAGAGAGAGUGUGUGAGAGAGAGAGAGAGAGAGAGAGAGAGAGAGGAGCACGCAGUUGGUGGACUCAUUGCGGAGGACAGAGCACGAGACAGCAUCGUCUCCGUGACACGGAAUUAAUUGCGUUUUUCGAGCUUUUACCAAGGUGCGUGCGUGUGCGUGUGCGCGCGCGUGUGCGUGUGUGUGUGUGCGCGCGUGCGCGUGUGUGUGCGUGUGUGCGCGUGCCUGCGUGCGUGCAGGCUUCAUAGCUUGUAUCCAAAAGCCUAAUUUCCAGCUGAAAGCACGAGCUGAGAGGAAUUAUGUUCCAAAGCGCUCUCCAAGCGGGUUCCGUCCCAUGCGUGCAGCGGAAUACCAAGCACUAACGCAUUCUCUGAAAUUGAUGAAGAGGAAAAAAAAAAAGCCCCACACGUUUUAGCUGAUUAUACGUCUUGAUUUAAGAGGAAAAACGAUUCCAUUCACAAGCAAUUGGAUGAGAGUCAUAUUUGCCCUUGGCAACUGAAGAUGACGUUACUAUGGAAAUGGCUAGUGCUGCUAUCAAUCACUGGCUGCCUUGCAGCUUAUGCAGAAGAUGCACUGUUUCAUGGUCCGAGGUGGAGAACAGAGCCCAGUGACCUGAUUCUCCCUAUUCACUCCCCAAAGCAGGAGGCUGUCCUAGCAUGCGAGGCCUCGGGCAUCCCUCUUCCGCAGUACAGAUGGUCUCUGAAUGGGACGCUCAUUGAUCUCGACGGUGACGAGAGGCGUCAUGUGUCUGGAGGGAACCUGAUUAUCAACACGUUGGAUCGAGACCAAGAUGCAGGCGUUUACCAGUGCUCUGCCUCCAACGCCCGAGGAAUCAUCCUGAGUCACAGAGCCACCGUGCAGUUUGCAUAUCUAGAGAGCUUCAAAACCCAGCCAAGAAGUGCUGUGAAUGUGAGGGAAGGCCAAGGUGUCGUUCUGUUAUGUGGAACCCCGAUGCAUUCUGGAGAUCUUACUUUUGCUUGGGUCUUCAAUGAGUACCCGAACUUUGUCCAGCAAGACAGCAGGCUCUUUGUGUCCCAGGAGACCGGAAACCUGUAUAUUGCAAAGGUGGAACCAUCCGAUGUGGGCAACUACACAUGUGUAGUCAACAACAGCAUCACCAAGGAUAAAGUGCUCAGUUCACCCACUCCUCUGGUGCUGAGAAACGACGGUGCAAUGGGAGAAUACGAGCCCAAAAUAGAAGUUCAUUUCCCCGACACUGUGCCUGCUGCGAAAGGAUCGUCUGUGAAACUAGAGUGCUUCGCCCUGGGGAACCCAGUUCCUAAAAUCAGCUGGAGAAGAACCAGUGAUGUGCCAUUCCCAAGUAAAGUCAAACUGAGUAACUCCAAUGCUGUUCUGGAGAUUCCCAGAUUCCAGCAGGAGGACACAGGCACAUACGAGUGUGUGGCAGAGAACAGUCGAGGAAAGAAUGCAGCAAGAGGCCGCCUCUCUUUUCAUGCCAAACCUCAUUGGUUGCAGACCAUGACGGCCACAGCUUUGUCCAUUGAGGAGAACUUAUUUUGGGAAUGCAAAGCCAAUGGGAAGCCCAAACCCUCAUACAGCUGGCUGAAGAAUGGAGAAACACUUAUGUCUGAGGGCCGGGUGCUCAUAGAGAACGGCGCUCUCACCAUCUCCUCACUGACCCUGUCCGAUGGAGGGAUGUAUCAGUGUGUGGCAGAGAACAAGCACGGUAUCAUUUUUGCCAGCGCUGAACUGGUGGUGCUAGCGUCACCACCCAGUUUUUCCGAGAGCCCCCUGAGGACCGUGCUGAAAGUUCGUGCUGGCAGUGAGGUGACUUUGGACUGCAGACCACAAGCUUCACCCAAAGCCAUCAGCUUGUGGAAGAGAGGGAAUGAGAUGAUCCAGAAAAAUGAAAGAUUCACUGUCUUCCCCAAUGGAACACUAAAGAUUGCCAAUGUGACUAAGCAAGACGGGGGCAUUUACACAUGCAUUGCCAGAAACCAGUUUGGCAGUGCAAGUACGGCAGGCCGCCUGCUGAUCACGGAGCCGAGCAGGAUCACACAAGGACCCAGCAGCAUGGAGAUUAUGGUGGGCGAGAGCAUCGUGCUGCCCUGCCAGGUAACUGUGGAUCCAGCACUGGACGUGAGCUUCUCCUGGGCCUUUAAUGGCCAGCUUAUCGACUUCGAGCACGACUCAGAGCACUUUGAGAGAGUUGGCGGAAAGUUUGCUGGGGACCUCAUGAUUCGAAAUAUUCAGCUUAACCAUGCUGGGAAGUAUGUCUGUAUUAUUGAUACAGAUGUGGAGAGCUUGUCUGUGGCUGCAGUCCUGAUUGUGGAAGGUCCACCCGGUCCCCCAGACAGCGUGAUGGUGGAGGAGAUUACAGAUAGCACAGCACAGCUCUCAUGGAGCCCUGGAAGAGACAAUGGCAGCCCCAUCACUGGCUAUGUCAUCCAGGCCAGGACACCCUUCACCGUAGGCUGGCAGGCUGUGGACACAGUUCCGGAGGUCAUUAAUGGCAACACAUUGACUGCUACGGUGGUGGAUCUGAACGCCUGGGUAGAGUACGAGUUCAGGGUGUUGGCCAGCAACAGUGUGGGAAUGGGAGAACCGAGCCCUCCCUCUGGCAAAACCAGGACUGAAGAUGCUAUUCCUGAUACAGCUCCCACUGAUGUAGGAGGAGGGGGAGGCACCAAGUCAGAAUUAGUGAUAACAUGGGAGCCAGUCCCAGAGGAGCUUCAGAAUGGAGAAGGCUUUGGAUACAUCAUUGCCUUCCGACCAAUGGGCACAGUCACCUGGACCCGGGCAGUGAUAUCCUCACCCAUCGUGGCUCGAUAUAUUUUCCGCAACGACACACUACCACCUUUCUCGCCCUUUGACGUCAAAGUGGGUGCUUUUAAUAACCGUGGAGAAGGACCCUUCAGCUCCAUUGUCACUGUGUUCUCAGCAGAGGAAGUGCCGAGCAUAGCACCUGAGAGAGUUGUGGCUAGAAGCCUCUCCGCCUCCGACAUUGAAGUCAGCUGGGAAGCAGUACAGUCGAGUCCUGAGAGAGUGCUUGGCUAUGAGGUGGUAUACUGGGAAGACGACACUAAGCCGGAAACUGUAGGUAAAGUGAGAAUCAGCAACAACUCCACUGCGGUCAAUGUUAGCGGUCUUCAGGGCAACACACUAUACUAUUUAGCCGUGUGCGCCUUCAAUACUGCGGGAAGCGGCCCUCAGUCUCUGCCUGUUAAUGCUACCACUAAGAAACCACCUCCAGGGCAGCCACCGCAAAACGUGGAGUGGACUCUGAUAGGAUCGCAGCUCACACUGCAAUGGGACCCAGUCAUCGCUCUGGAUACCGAGUCUGAGGUCAUUGGAUAUGUGGUAAUGUACAGGCGCCACCGCAAUAAUGACAUGUACACAAUCACUACCAACAAAACCACAGUGGAGCUGACGCUCUCUCCCAAUGAUAACUACGUCGUUCAGAUUAAGAGCCUGAGCGAGGGUGGCCUUGGAGAAGGAAGUGAACCCAUCCAUAUUCACCAACUUAGUAUGGGAGCCCAAGGCUCUGGAAUAGGAAGACUAGACACCCUCACACUCUCUCGUCUCCUCAUAACUGCACUAGUGGCCCUUAACGCCUCCUGAAGAUUUUUCUCUUGUGAGCGGCAUCUCCACCUGACACCAAUCUCUUUCACUCCCUCUUUCUCUGUCUCUCUCUCUCACACACAGAGACACACACACACAUGCACACACACUUCAUGCUCUUAACCUGUUCCUUGUUAUUGCCACACAUCUCUGUCUGGCUUAAUAGGAUUGCCCCAUAUAUGCGUGUCACGGACACUGCAGGAUAUUGGAAUGUCAAACAAAUAAUGAAAGGAUUUGUCAAGAUGGAAACAUGUCAGAAUAACGCAGAAAAGUGAUCACCACUGCUAGAAUGACAGCUUAAUUGUUAUGCAUGAUUAUACAGGAGAUGACCGAUUUGAGUUGGAUGGCACAAAAGUACUUUCCAUUCUUUCUCUCUCUCUCUCUCUCUCUCUCUCUCUGCUUCUUUUAUGUUAACCUCCUCCACAUUUUGGUUCUUGAAAGCAAUCAAUGCCUUAAGGCCAUUUACAUACCAAAGUGAACAACAAAAUAGAUCAGAGAGUGUUGUUUCAGCCUCUAAUCUAAUACACAUAGUUUUCAGGCAUCAGGGUCAUCUGUGGUUAUAUUCUGCUAUGAAUAAUUUGAUUGUUCUCUCUUUAAUGUCAUUUCUUCCCUCUGUGAGACUUUUUAUUUCUUGGGUUUUUAUUUCUACAUUCGGAGAUUUUGUUCAAAUUACUUUUAUUUAUUUUGUAAUUUUUUUUUUUACAUUUAUUUAUUAUUUUUUUAAUACACAAAUGCAAAUGUGGUCACAGUCUUUCUGUAAAAACUCUCAGUAGGCUCUUCGUCUUAGUUCUGACAUAUCUGAGUUAAUCUGUAGCAAGAACCGCAGUUGUAACUGAGUGAUGCUAUCAAAAGAAGCCCUGUAGAAAACAGUGAUGAUAGAAGUCACCUUAAACCCUUUUGUUUUGUGUUCUCUUUCGAAGUUACUAUUUGUGUGAAAGAGCCAUGGUUCUUUGUAAAUGGAAAGCUAGGUUAGAAAGCAGUCCUAUUAUCUUUUAAAGAUCCUUCUUUUUAUCCAACAUCCCCCACAUUCCCAUUACUCCAUUGUGGAAUGUUAUUAGCUCUCUAAGAGAUCUGUCAGUUCCUGAGCAAGAGAAACUGCUCCUCUGGCCCUUUGAUGGGGUAUAGCAUUUUGUUCUUUUCCUCAUGCUUGUUAAAUAAUGGAUGGCUCAUGCAUUAGGCAUUCUGCAGAGUUAAGGCCAGAAUAUGCGAUAUACUUGUUAAGUGGCAAUGUAGGCUUCACAAGCAAUUUCCUCUCCAGCGUUAUAUGUGCUACCAGCCCUGCUAUAUCCACUAUUAUCCAACCUGGGAUUCAAAAGUGGGUUAAUGAAAUGGCAACCUAUUGGUUCAGUUCUGUAUGAGAACAAUGUAUAAACCUAGUGCCUUGAUGAAUGCCAACGUAUUGAAUUUCCUGCAAGAAGGGACACAUCCGCAAAUUCUUUGUUACGUCUGUAUUUGGUAAAUCAGCUUGUAGCAAAGUAUGGGACUAAGUGGCAAGGAGUGGAACAUAGCUUGUGGAACAGUGGAAGGAGUGCGAAUUGGAUUGAUGUUAAACAUUUUAUAACUCUGAAGGCAUUUUUGAUGGAUGUCAAGGAGGUAAAAGCCCUACAAUGGCAGAGACGGAGCAAAAAGCCUAGACCGAGAUUUGCCACAUAUUCUCAGGUCAUCUGAGGGUGAAAGCACAUGUCUAUGCCCAAAAGAUUAUUCCAGUUCCAUAAUCAUGGUACUCUGCACAUAAUACAUUCAUACAGAGAUGAUUUGUAUACUGUGCCAAAGUAAUGUAACGAAACGAUUAGUGCAAAAUGUAUGGAUGUAAUGGGUGUAUUUUAAUUACAGACCUAAUGGCAGUUCUUUAAGGGUGUUGUUAGCAAAACAGUAUUUGUUAUUAUUGAAUGUUAAUAUCAAUAAUUUAACAAGUAUUUGUAGGCUUAUAUGGAGGUUAGCACAGUGGUGUAGCAGGUACACUGCAAAAAAUGAUAUCUUAGCAAGUGCAAAUAUCUUGAAUAUGGGAAAAUUUAUCUAAUAGUUCUGUGAUUCAUAUAAAUCAAAUAAAAGAUUACUCAGCCUGUUUUUAGAUGUUUUUUCUCAUUUCGAGCUUUACAUUUUCUUAUUCUAUUGGCAGAUCACUUUGCUUCUUUCUAGAAAUAAAUACUUAAAAUUAGAAAAAAACUGCCAAUAGAACAAGCAGAUUAAAAAAAAAUAUUAAUUAAAAAAUAUCUAGAAAUAGGUUUAAUAAUCUUAGAUUUGGUUAAUUAUAAUCUUAUAAUUAAUAAUAGGAAAUGCUAUAUUCAAAAUAUUUUCACUUGCGCACUUGCAUAUGUUAUUUUUUGCAGUGUAGCACUGCUGACUCACAAAUCUAGGGUCCAUGGUUUGAUCCUGAGCUCGAGUUACUGUCUGAAGUUUUUCAUAUUCUCCCUAUGUUUGCGUGGUUAAUCUUUCAGGUUCUCCAGUGUCCUCCCACUUCCCAAAAUAUGCUAUUAGGUGAAUUGGUAGUUAAAUUUGUAAUUCUAAAUUGCCCUCUAGGAGUGAAUAAGUGUGCAAAUGUAUGUGUGGUGUCCUGCAACAGGCUGGUGUAUCCCAUCCAGGGUGUAUUCACGCCUCGCACCUAGUGUUCCCAGGAUAGGCUCCGGACCCACCGUGACCCUGACCUGGAUAAAGGAGUUACUCAGAAUGAAUGAAUGAAUAUAUAUAUA